GAGACAUUAACACGGCACAAGAUAAAACUGCCACUUAGAGCCCAGGAGAGCUAAACCUUCCUGGGUUGGCCUGGGGGCUUGAGCAGAGUCAUGGGUUCUCUGCAAUUGCAGCUGUGCGCUCUCCUCUGCCUGGUGGCUCACUCGGUUUCUGGCAGUCCCAUCAUGAGCCUGGAGCAGUCACCUCUGGAAGAAGAUAUGCCCCUCUUCGAUGAUGUCUUCUCAGAGCAAGAUGGUAUCGACUUCAACACAUUGCUGCAGAGCAUGAAAAAUGAAUUUCUCAAGACACUGAACCUAUCUGACAUCCCUUUGCAGGAUUCAGCCAAGGUGGACCCACCCGAGUAUAUGUUGGAACUCUACAACAAAUUUGCAACAGAUCGGACCUCCAUGCCAUCGGCCAACAUCAUUAGGAGUUUCAAGAAUGAAGAUCUGUUUUCCCAGCCAGCCAGUUUUAAUGGACUCCGAAAAUACCCUCUCCUCUUCAAUGUGUCCAUUCCUCACCACGAAGAGGUCAUCAUGGCCGAACUCAGGUUGUACACACUGGUGCAGAGAGAUCGUAUGAUAUAUGAUGGAGUAGACCGGAAAAUUACCAUUUUCGAGGUACUUGAGAGCAGAGGGGACACUGAGGGUGAAAGAAGCAUGCUGGUUUUGGUGUCGGGGGAGAUCUAUGGCACCAACAGCGAGUGGGAGACUUUCGAUGUCACCGAUGCCAUUAGACGUUGGCAAAAGUCAGGCUCAUCCACCCACCAGCUGGAGGUCCACAUCGAGAGCAGACAUGAUGGAAGUGAGGAUGCUGGCAGAGGACAACUGGAAAUAGACACCAGUGCCCAGAAUAAGCAUGUCCCCUUGCUUGUCGUGUUUUCCGAUGACCAAAGCAGCGAGAAGGAACGGAAGGAGGAACUGAAUGAAAUGAUCGCCCAUGAGCAGCUACUGGAGCUUGACAACUUGGGCCUGGACGGUUAUUCCAGUGGGCCAGGAGAAGAAGCUUUGCUGCAGAUGAGGUCAAACAUCAUCUAUGACUCCACAGCCCGCAUCAGAAGGAACGCUAAAGGAAACUACUGCAAGAGGACCCCGCUCUACAUUGACUUCAAGGAGAUUGGCUGGGACUCUUGGAUCAUCGCCCCACCUGGAUACGAAGCCUACGAAUGCCGCGGGGUUUGCAACUACCCCCUGGCAGAGCAUCUCACACCCACAAAGCAUGCAAUUAUCCAGGCCUUGGUACACCUCAAGAAUUCCCAGAAGGCUUCCAAAGCCUGCUGUGUGCCCACUAAGCUAGAGCCCAUCUCUAUCCUCUAUUUAGACAAGGGCGUCGUCACCUACAAGUUCAAAUACGAAGGCAUGGCAGUGUCUGAAUGCGGCUGCAGAUAGAAGAGUCCCGGCUUAUUUAAUAACUGUAAAUGUGUACAUUUUGUGUUCCUAUUUAAUGAGAUUAUUUAAUAAGAGUGUACAGAUCAUAAAGGCUCGCUGCCUUAGGGAAAUGGGCAGGUCAGUUUGUUGUAUCAAAUGCAUAUUUUGCUAAUACAGUCUCAUGCCUUCCAAUCAGUUUUUUUCUUUGGACUCACCAUUUUCUGGCAAUGCCAUGUCCAAUAGCAAGUGGCAACCCUCCCCCCAAAUUGUCCUCUAUUUCUAUUUGAAAACAACAAGCCCCAAGCAGAAACAGCAUGUUGGAUGAUAGAUAUUUGUGUCUGUAUAUGUGUACAUAGGUAAACUUAUAAAACUCUUUUGGUCCCAUAGAGGUAGAUCACACUCACACGUGUGCAUGACUCAAUCAAAUAUGUAUAUAUUAAAAACCAGUGGUACGUUCUCAGUCAACUCUUCUCUGAGUAGGAUUUAUGUGAAGAUAAUUAGCACCAAGAAUUUCACCCUCCUAGGAAGGAUUGCAUUUCCUACAUACUAUUGGAUAGGUAGGUGUAGCAUUUAUCAGUUGAGUUUGUGCCAUAGCUCAGAGCUGCAGGACCAGGAAAGGGACAAUGCAUGUUUGAGGGAAGGGGUUAUUUGAUACAGAAACCAGGCAGUGGCCUGAAUCCACCAUAGCAAGGGAUGAGCCCCAUCGACCACCACUGCGCUCUAGAGGGCAGCACCUGGUCAAGAAAAGAAAAUAGGGGAUUUCAUGAUGUUCCAGAGGUAAUAGGACUGCAAGGUCAAGUGUGUUGGCCUUUACUGCUGUGGAGGGUAGAGGAGGCGGGAGGGCGCUCGCAGGAGAGGAGGGAAAAGGAUACAGAUGCUGUCCUGGGAUGUGUGUGUAAAAUUAUAAGCAGUUUUAACUGGAGAAUUAAGUCUUUUGGACAAAAUAAAAUUACCCGAGAUCAAGAGGAGGAAAAUCAGAAGGGAUCUGUCUGUUGGGCUCUUCUUAAUAUUUUGCUUCAAUUCUUACUAUUUCUCCCCUGCCUCUGCACCACUGUUUUUGCUUCUUUCCACCCCUCUUCUUCCCACUUCCUCUCCUGCACCAGUGCCUCGUAUCCUUCUCUCAUUCCUGUGUCCCAUUUCUUCACCGGUCUUCAUUGACUUUGCUGUGGGUUGGGAAGGGAACCUGAAAGCAUUUGCUAUCAGGGUGAGUGGAGUUAGUGCUCUGAUUUUUAGAUUUCCUCCCAAUAUCUAAUUUGAUUUGAUUUAUGAAAUAUUUUGUUCAUGAAAAAUACUUAAAUAUAAGGGAGAAAAGUCCAAAAGGAUAUUUCUAAAUGAAUGAAUGAAUAAAUAGACACAUAAACAAAUGACUCCAAAGCUAAGCCUGAGUUUUGAAUCAGAUUGGCGCCAUGGUAGAAACCUUGUAGGCUUCCCAAUCCCCCCAUUCUCAAAUCUUCCCAGUUUGGAACUGGCCAGGACUAAGGGACUGGGAAGCGUUCCUGAUGGGGAUGGUCCAGCGGGUUUGCCGGCAGUUGGCUCGUUGGAAGGACAUGCGGAGGUUCUGGCUCUGAUCUUAGCAGCCGCCAGCUCCACCAUCCAUGCAAGGUCACGGGCUUUGUGCGGGAAGAACCAGAGCAGUGCAGUUCUCAAACUGUUCGACUCUUCCAGGCAUCUGACACUGAUGUUCACAGUUCUAGGGAUGCAGUUUCCAGAACAUUGUCCCCCA